AGGGGACGUGGCAAGAGGCGGAGAUGGCCCCGUCCGGACUGAAGGCGGUGGUGCGCAAGAAGAUCCUCAGCGUUGUCCUUCACAGCGUGAAGAAGAAAAGAGAAUGGAAGUCGGUGCAGGCUUUGAUCAAUGACUUCCAGGGCACCCCCACCUUCAACUACAAGGCAGUUCACGUCUUCUUCCUCAGCCCCUGUCCUGAGCCUCUGUUCAAGGAGCUGAGGAAGUCACGGAUCACCAAGGUCAUCAAAACCCUCAAGGAGAUCAACAUGGCCUUCCUACCUUACGAGAGCCGGGUGUACUCCCUGGAGAGGCCAUAGAGCUUCCACAACUGGUUCAGCCCCUACCGCUUUUUCGAAAAGAACAAGCAGAUGGAGAUGCUGGCAGAGCAGAUUGCCACAUUGUGUGAAACCCUGGAGGAGUAUCCAGCCAUCCGCUACAGGAAGGACCAUGAAGAUAACUUCCACUUGGCGCACGCUGUGCUGGCCAAACUCAAGGUGUUCAAGGCAUACGAGCCCAGCAUGGGAGAGUGGGCUGGGCUGCCCAGGCUGGGGUCCAGGUGCCUAAGAAACCCGACUGUUCUGACAACGCUGGGUGUGGACAAGGAGAACCUCACCAAGCUGAUCCAGCAUGCCAACAUCCAGCAGCAGAGAGACAUCAUCCACAACAUGCUGUUCCUGGGCAUCUCUCUCACGCCUGGGGUAAGGGACUGGGGCCAGGGGCCAGCAGCUGUACUCAUGCCAGGGGGCAGAUCUGUGCUGCACAGGGGAGCCCAGGCCAUCCUGGAGGUGCCGCCCUAUGGCAGUGACCUACUCCCAGCACAGAGGUGGCCUCUGUCCCUGUACAGUGGGCCUGGCUGGCGCGACUCAGGUAGGCCACGCUCUCCCUGUCUGCCCCCGUUCCCACCCCGCACCUCCUCCCUGCUGCCUCUCACCCCCUCUCCCUUCCUCCCCCAGAGCAGGCAGCUGCGACCGAAGAGGAAGGCGCGGCUGGAGUCCAGCUACCAGCUCUCCCACUGGAUCCCCAUGCUCAGGGACAUCAUGGAGGACAUCCUUGAGGACAAACUGGACAAGAGUCUGUGGCCCUUCGUGUCAGACCUGGUCCCUACCACCAGCUCCCAGGCUGCUGUCAGCUCCCGCUUCAGGCAUUGGCACAAGAACAAGCCAGCGACUGAGUACCAGACGGGCCCGCGCCUCAUCAUCUACGUGCUGGGUGGGGUGUCCAUGUCUGAGAUGCGCUGCGCCUACGAAUUGACCCCGGCCACCAGGGGCAAGUGGGAAGUGGUGAUCGGUUCCAGUCACAUCCCGACCCCCAAGCGCUUCCUGGAUGACAUCCAAACCCUCAACCAGCUGGACCCCGAGGAGGCCUAGAAGCAGCCCCCUC